GUGCUAUUUAAUGUAAAUUGAAACAAAAAUUUAGAUACGCAGUUACUUUAUCGCGCAUUAAAGGAAUCUUUUUCUUGUGGCUUUGAAUUUUUUACGCGAGCUGCUUCUUUGCUGUGGACUUUACGGUCCAAGGCUCUUGAAAAAACUGUCCUGGCUAGAGUAUUAUCUUUCCUGUCACAGAAGUCCCGUCGCGGACCACUCAAAAAUGCCUGCUUUGCUUUUUUUGGUUAGCUCUCUUCAACUUACAACAUGUCGUGAGCCAGACGAGAUUAUCCGGGGGGAUGACAGUCGGUUUGAAGAAAACUUCCCGAAUGGUUGAAUCUGCAUAUGGAACAACCGAGGGAGUGCCGAAUGUCGAAUUUCAUCCAUUUAACUUAAACAACUGCCUCCGAUGUAAGCGAUUCUUUUUUUCUAAGAAGAGCAAAAUUCCGGAUGAUCGUUCCUGCUGCAACAGCAAUUAUGUGUUCGAAUCAGACCCCGCAGAAAAAAAGAUUUCUCAUCGGAUUCAGAAACUGAAACCUAUCUACGAAUUAUUGAAAGGGGCACCCUCGACAGCAUCGCCAACGCCAGGCCAGGAUGAACUACCUAAAUCCCCUUCAAAUUCAGCUCAUGCAACCAACCAUACGAGCUAUACAUCUCCCUCAAAUAUUGUAGAUUUAACGAACCAACCUACUGAAGUUAAGACAACCAGUUCUCUCCCUUCUACAAUUGUAGUCAAUGAAACCUAUCAUUCAGCUGAAAUUUCGACCCCUAGAACUUUGUCUUCAACAAAUGUGAUAAAUAAAACGAACGAACCGUCUCCAAGACAAACGAAUACCACUGCCUUCCAUUCAAACACCGUAAGCACAACAAGCCAACAGACAAAAACUAGUAUUUUAACUCCUCUAAAUAAGAUUACUAAAACAGAUUAUUCUCCUCAGAUAACAAAAAGGCAUUCCAUUUGUCCUAUAACGACUAAAAUAUCAACUGCGCAUAAACCAACCACUAAAAUAUGUGGCUGCAAAUCAACCUCAACUAAUCCUACCACUAAAAUAUGUGGCUGCAAAUCAACCUCGACUAAUCCUACCACUAAAAUAUGUGGCUGCAAAUCAACCUCAACUAAUCCUACCACCAAAAGAUGUGACUGCAAGCCAACCUCAACUAAUCCUACCACCAAAAGAUGUGACUGCAAGCCAACUUCAAUCAAAUUUACUACUAAAACACGCGGUUGUAAUUUAACCUCAACUAAACCUACCACCAGAGCAUGUAGCUGCAAUUUAACUGCAAAUACGCCAUCGACAAUCAAAACCACUACCAAGGCUCUUGUAUGCAAUCUAACCUCUCGCCCGUCGAAUCCAACUGCUCCCACCAAUUUUACAUUCCUCGCCCCUCCUACAUUGAUUCAAAAGACAACUUUGCCGCCAAGAGUCACACCCUGUAAAGUCAAGUGCGCUAUGUUCAAGAAACCCACCUGCGCGCCAGAUCGAACAGAACUGGAGAGACUCCGAGAAAAAUUGGAAAAAUACGGAUUCACAAUUGCACCGAACCACAUCCGAAACCGGUUUCCGUAUGCUGGGCAAAUGAACACUCCAUCCUUCACUUUUGACGUUCCAAAAACCACUCCAUCCUUCACUUUUGACGUUCCAAAAACCUCUUCAUCCUUCACUUUUGACGCUCCGAAAACCACUCCAUCCAUCACUUUUGACGCUCCGAAAACCACUCCAUCACCAAACACAUCUCAACCUCCGAGGCAGCAAAAUCUAAACUACACCCUCAGAAAUCCGACAGUUGGGAGAUUCGUAGACUAUUCGAACGGUCUCAAAGUGUUUAAUCCAUUUAUAAAUCAGCAAGAGUUACAAAGCCCUCAGAAAAAAUAUCCCAACACUGAAAAUGUAUCCUCAAAUCCUAAAAUCGUGCUAUCCUCAAUUGAUCAAACUCCACAAAGUUCCUUACCCCCCGCGUGGCUAAACUGGCUGAGAAAAAACAAGAUAACUUUUCUUACACCUACAGAGCAAACUGGACUUUAUUUUCAUGCUGAUCGUGAAAAUCAUUCAAAAUCAGACCCAGCUGACGAAUAUGUAACAACAUCAUGGUUUCUUUUAAAAUCGAAAUGGGAUGAUUUAAAACAUGCCAGCAAUAUUAAUUACAUCACCGAUGUAAAAUCUAACGAAACGGAGGCAAUGACUGAAAGUUACCUCGAGAGAGGGCCGAGGCCUCAUCCACUGAAAGACGAUACUCCAAUUUGUCGGACGACCGUUUGUCACGGAAAAUUUCAGUGCGUUGAGAGUUGUCCUCCGCGACUUUCUCCAUCGGCAGAGGCCACACCUGCUGCCGGCAUCCCGAAGUCCAGUAACUUAGAAAGUGAGUUACGGGAUAUCAUACUUGACAUCAUGAAAAAUUGCUCAUCUGAGCGAAAAACUACCACCACCAGAAUUCCCACCACGAAUCUUGAUCCGAAAAGAGACCAGUAUCAGAAUUCCGAAAAAAAUCAGAGCUUCGAAGACCCGACUAUUACUGUGCCAUGCUCCACAACGUCAAUUUCUCCUGGUGGAAUGGAAAAUUCGUCCGAAGAACAUCGAAGCUCCUCCGAGUCAAAACUAACGAUCAAUUCCGAAACAACCGCGCCUUGUUUUUCAACUGCGCCGCCUGCUCGCGGAAUGGAAAAUUCGUUUGAGGAACAUCGGAGUUUUUCUGACGAGUCAAAAUCACAAAUCAAUCCAGAAACAGCCGCGACUUGUGCUUGUGAAGUGGAAAAUUUACCGGUAAAACAUCACAGUUCUACCGAGUCAAAAUCCUCGAUCAAUGCAGAAACCACCCUCUCUUGGGCGUGCAGCAAUAUUGCCUCAAAUGCGCCGCAGAAGAAUCGAUUCCCUCUUCGGUUGCAAGAGCUGAUUAAAAAUAUAGUCAGACAGAGCAUGAAUGAUGGUUCAAAUUAUCCGCCGACGCAACUGAAGAAAACAAGCGAUCCUUGCGUUAUUUCCUCCGCAAAACCUGACACUGGAACUGAAGUACCGUCGACAGAACACCAGGAAUCUCGUACCUCAACCAGAAGAACCAAUCAGAGCACGACUGCCCUUCCUCUCUGCCUUGCAAUCCGCUCUCACGGUGGGAAGAAAAAAUGUGAGUCAACCCCAGUGUGUCAUUCAACAUCGACUAUUACUCCUUCGUGGAGUCCACGUCCGGGCUCAGAUCAAACUCAAGCGUCGAGCGAACCAAAAUUUCGAGAUAUUAUAUCUGACGUCAUUUAUCGAUGUUUGACAACGCCUUCGGUUGAUGAUACUACUGUUCCGCCUUCGGUUGAUGAUACCACUGCUCCGCCUUCGGUUGAUGAUGCUACUGCUCCGCCUUCGGUUGAUGAUACUACUGUCUCGUCUUCGGUUGAUGAUACUACUGUUCCGCAUUCGGUUGAUGAUACUACUGUUCCGCCUUCGGUUGAUGAAACUACUGUUCCUUGUGCACAAAACAAUACUAUCUCAAAUAUUCCGGACAAAAAUCAGCUUACACUUAAAUUACAAGGACUCAUAAAAAAUUUAAUAAAGCAGAGCAGUAUUAAUUCACAUUAUUCAAUUGACGAGCUGAAGGUAAAAAGCAGCGAUUUCACCUCCUUUACACAAUCGCCACUCCCUGAAACUGAAACUGAAACUGAAGCACCGUCAACUGACCAACAGAAAUCGUUUGAAUCUACCCGAAGAACCAAUCAGAAGAAGAUGGUUCCUCGUAUUUCCCUCGCAAUCCGGCCUCCUGCUGGAAGAAAGAAAUGCAUGUCAACAUCAGUGAGCGAUCUAACAUCGACUAUCCCAUGUCCGUGUAGCUUGGGUCGCGAUUUGAAUCGAUCUCUAGUGUCGAGUGUGCCAGGAAACUUAAGCCAGAUGACAGAACUGCGAGAGAGGAUAUCCCACAUCAUACGUCAGUGUUUGUCCACGCCCCUGAUGGAUGAUCGUUGUACAUCGAGUGUUGAAGUUGUAGCAGCGAGUGGUCCUCGGAUUGCUGAUGAAACAUGUGGAAGUCAAAACUGUACGCUGAAACUGGAGGAUACAACCUCCAAUGCUGACUUUAGUACUGUUGUCGACGGCAAAAUUGGUGGAAAUCAAAAUAUCUCUUCGGAUGCAGGAAUACGGUACUGAAAAUGUGUCGGCUUCUUACGCUCUUAGACAUGAUGUAAUGGGUUUCGGGAAGCAGGAAAAUAUUGAAUCGGUUCGAUAAAAUAUGUUUAAGGUGAUUCGAUGGACGCCAUAUUUUGUGUCAGAACGGCAUGCGAUAUAUCGCAUCAAUUGGUUCCAUUUUUUCAGCUACUCGUCAUUUUUCUCCA